GCCCAACAUAAAUGUCAGCGUCAUGGAUUUCUUCUGAUGUCAUAUCAUGUCCAUCAUGGCCUAGCUCCGAUCGUGCACAACUACAUAUCCCAGAGACCCUGAAAACGGAAGUCUAAGCUUGUCCAUGGAAAGAGAGAAGUUGAAAAGGCAGUAUCGAAACCGUAAAUGUGAGAAACGCCUGAAUUUCGAGGUUGUCUGGGAUUAUUAUAAACAGUUUCAGGCCAGGGUAGGAUCUCCCUUCAUCCAUCUCUUUGAUUGUUGCUAUGGCAAUUCUAUUUGCUGUGGUAGCUCGAGGCACCACCAUCCUUGCCAAGCAUGCAUGGUGUGGUGGAAACUUCCUUGAGGUGACUGAGCAGAUCCUGGCCAAAAUCCCCUCCGAAAACAACAAACUUACCUAUUCACAUGGCAGCUAUCUCUUCCAUUACAUCUGUCACGACAGAAUCAUCUACCUGUGCAUCACUGAUGAUGACUUCGAACGAUCACGAGCCUUUAGCUUCCUCACUGAGGUGAAGAAGCGCUUUCAGACCACCUAUGGCUCUCGGGCGCAGACAGCCCUACCGUACGCCAUGAACAGCGAGUUCUCCAGCACUCUGGCUGCACAGAUGAAACACCACUCAGAUCCUCGGGGGUCAGACCGCCUCACAGAGACGCAGAUGCAGGUUGAUGACCUGAAGGGCAUCAUGGUCCGCAACAUUGAUCUUGUGGCACAGAGAGGGGAAAAGCUUGAACUUCUCAUCGACAAGGCAGAGAACCUGGUAGAUUCUUCGGUCACCUUUAAAACAACAAGCCGCAACCUAGCUCGUGCCAUGUGCAUGAAGAACCUGAAGCUUACACUUAUCAUGGCACUGGUGGUCCUGGUCGUGCUUUACAUCAUUGUGUCUGCAGCAUGCGGAGGCUUGAGCUGGCCCACGUGCCUGAAGAAGUAGGAUGAAAAUGCAGAGUGACAAAGAGGGGAAAAUAAACAACAACAACAACAACAACAACAAACGAGUUCACGUCAAACCUCCACUCUCGCUCCCUGUGGUCCGUAGGGGGAAAAAAAAGUAAACGACGAAAACAACGAAACCACUAUUUCUCAAGAAACAUUUUAUCACUUGAGCCUCCCUACUUCCUUUCGCCUGGUACUCCUCCUCUCCUUCGUCUCAUCCUACCUGCUCCCAGUUGGAGGAGGAGGUUGAAUUCAGUGGUGCCUGAUGCACAGAUAAGGAUAAGGAUGAGGAUGAGGAGCUGCUACACCACCCCCU